CCUUUAAGAAAAAACACUACAGUUUGUGUUUCCGGUUUGGCUGGUCCGUCAGCUAAAUCGCUCCGUAAGCAAACGUAGGAGAAGGAGGAUAAAUAAUGGCAACAAUGAUUGAGGAAAACGGUCCUUCGAGUCAUCAGCAGGCUGAAGUGUCCUCCUCGUCCCAGGCCAGACAGAAACUGGAGGGUCUCCUGAACAAGAACAUGAGGAUCCGCAUGACAGACGGGCGGACCCUGGUGGGGCUCUUCCUCUGCACAGACCGAGACUGCAAUGUCAUCCUGGGAUCAGCUCAGGAGUUCCUCAAAUCGACAGACACAUUCUCCCAGGGUGAACCCAGAGUCCUUGGCCUGGCCAUGAUCCCUGGUCACCACGUGGUGUCUAUCGAGGUGGAGGCAGACAGUCUGGAGGACACACAAGGAUUUGGAGCGAACUGCUGAUGAUGAUGACCUGCACGUCAGUGGGACUGUUUCUCAGUGACACGGCCGAGGCGGAGCUCAGAACGGAGUGGACAUGAUCGCUGCUGGAUUUUGUUGCUUCACCCCUGCAGACGUGGACGCAGAGCUCCUGUGUCAGCUUUCUGCUUGAAGAUGUGUCCACUGGCAGUGAGGACUGCACAUUAUAGGAUGUGUUUAAACUGCCUGGGUAUGCCGUGUGUGGAUGAGGAGUAAGCAAACAGAAGUGAUAUGUGUGUGUGUGUGUGUGUGUGUGUGUGUGUGUGUGUGUGUGUGUUUGGUGAUAUUUCAGUGUGGUGUUCAGUAAAUGUCUGUUUCAUGAUGUUUUCAAACUGAAUCCUGUGUUUGAGACUUCUGGUAUUUUGACUCCUUUGUACGUUUUGUAUCACCUGAUAUGUUUAUUUCAAACAUGUUUAUUAAAGGGCAGAUACACCAAUA